CUGGUUGAGGCAGAGUGCUGAACCUGCAGCGAGCAAGAGUUGUGUGUGAUUCUCGUGCGGUGGCUCCUCGAGGUUGGCUGCGUGUAGCUAUUAAGACCACCAUUAAAGAACCAGAAAAACUCAUGUUAUCUAUAUUUUAAUACUUGAAGGACUAGGCGUUCAAGUUUCAUGACAUCAAACUAAAGGUUCUCUGGUUCUAACACUCAGGCAUGAAGCAGACCUCCGCUUAUCAGAUUCUACUGACCCUGUCUUUGUUCGUCAACGCUGGACUCAUCGUAGCUAUCAUCUUUACGGCACUUCGAAAAAGCGAUUAUAGUGACAUUAUUAACACUGAUGUUUGCACUACAGGGCAAUCUGAUAUUCGAAUUGUUGUUAGUGACAAUGACAGAGAAUGGGAGACUCUCUCAAGCAAUCCAUCUGCGAACAAGAAGGCAAGAAAACCGAAACAGUAUGAAAACGUUUUCAAAGACCUAACAAAAGAAGAGAUUUGGGCAGUGCUGGACUAUAUGUACAAAGUUCAUGACCUCGGUCUUGUGAAGCCUUAUGAGGCUAACGUGACAGACAAUUCUAUCCUUUUCGUAGAGCUCUAUGUUCCCAACAAGGCGGAGGUUCUAGCCUAUCUCUCGGGUAACAGCUCAAGGCCAUUACGACAGGCUAAGGUCGUCACCCUGGAGCCGCUAGCUUCACCGCCACGAGUUAUGGAAUAUGUGGUGACACCGCUGCCUAACCCUACGAUGCACUUUCCUAAUCCGAGGAGAGUCAAACAGGUUCCAUUCCGCGUCCGUCCACCGGGCAAUGCGGAAAUGGCUGCUCUGGUGACGCUGCUGAGGAGUUACAUGCGGCCCCAGAUGGAGGAGCUGCUGAAGGAGCUGUACGGGGCCAGCUUCGUCGACUGCGCCGACCGCUGCCUGACCAUCACCGCUACCCCUGUCUCCACUGCCUUCUCUCUUGAGAGGAGAAUCUGGGUCCAAGUGUUAUACCAGGUGGAAUUUUCUACUUUGUAUCCUGUGGGCCUUCAAUUCCUUGUCAACAGUCAGACGUCCAACACAGAGAAUUGGCGAAUAGAAAAGAUACAGUUCACUAAUCUCACGUUUGCAUCUUUUGACGAUCUGAUGGAGCAACACCAGAAAGGUCUGCUACCGAAAAUUUCAGUUCAUUAUCCACAGCCGAAAGGCGAGGCCAGCCACAUCGCAGGCAUGUUGUCACUGCGCGGUCAGUUUUUUCCCAGCGAACCACUCGCAAAACCCCGUCAGUACCAACCUAACGGAAACCGAUUUAGCAUCCGCGAACAAAGAGUGACCUACCAUCAGUGGCAGUUUUCCUGGAGGAUGUCUGUUGUCAGCGGCAUUCAGCUUUUCGACGUCACGUAUGCUAAUGAGCGCGUGGUGUAUGAGCUGAGUCUUCAGGAAGUUGUCGUGCUUUACUCGGGAGCCAAUCCGGUUGUGUCUUUCUCGCAAAUCAUGGACAGUUACUUGGGGCUGGGAGCGCAUGCGCACGGUCUCAUGCCUGACGUGGACUGUCCAGAAUAUGCGACCUUCCAAGACACUGUCCUGUUGACCGAGCUGUUCAAUGAACCACAUGUGUACCCCAGCGCCGUGUGUCUCUUCGAGCAUAAUACACAAACUCCUUUGCGACGCCACAAGUCCAACAGCUUUAGCAGCGGCUUCUUCUAUGGUGGCCUCGUCGACACGGUUCUUGUCCUCCGCACUUGCUACACGCUUUUCAACUACGACUACCUGGUAGACUUCGUCUUUCACAACAACGGCGUCCUGGAGACCAUCGUCCGUUCCUCGGGCUACAUCAUCGGGAGCCUGCGUUCAACCGCAGAGGCACCCUUUGGGUUCCGAGUGCAUGACGACCUGCUGGGUAAUCUGCACCAGCACCUCUUCAACUUUAAAGUCGACGUGGACGUUGUCGACGCAGGAAAUCGCUAUCAGACUCUUGACCUUCAGGUGGACAACAGAAGCUGGCCUUGGACACCGCCCGGUCAGCCAUUUUACCAGACGACCAUGCGCAAAAACCUGCGCAGGACAGAAAAGUCUGCUGCGCUAAGGCAUGAUGCCUCAUCUGGCCUAACUUACCACGUGCUGUACAACGAAAAGCUGAAGGAACGCACACAAAAUUGGAGAGGCUACAGGAUUCUCAACAAAUCUCCCAGUGUGCUAGUGAAUCCAGAGAACUUUGGACAAGACCAGAGCCUGAGGUGGGCUCGCUGGCAGCUCGCCGUUACGAGGCGGAAGGAGCAGGAGGAGUUUUCUUCGUCUAUGUACGCUCAGUUUGAUGCUGCUGACCCGGUGGUAGACUUCCAGAACUUCAUCGACGAUAACGAAGACAUUGUGGACCAAGAUCUGGUUGCUUGGGUGACGGUUGGAAUGCACCACAUCCCGCAUGCCGAAGACGUCCCCAACACAGCCACCCCUGGGAAAGAGCUGACCUUCGCUCUCAUACCUUUCAACUUUUUUGGCGAGGAUCCCUCAAUGGCGUCGCGUGACGCGGUGCGGGUGGAUGCCGAGACAGAGAACAACAGUCUCAAGAUGGAGCGCUACGGCAUGCCGCCAUUCACAACUGUCUACCACCUGCCUACAACUACACAGCUUUCCUGACGUCAGCAGACGCGCUCUUCCUCGGGUUCAACUCUACGUCAUCUCCAGGCGUUUGACGCUCUUCAUUGGGAACAACUAUACGUCGUUGUGACACAUUUAAUGCGUUUCUUGGGAUCAACGCUACGUCAUCGAGGUGCUUUAUGAUGCUGCUCUUCGGGGUCCCUUUAUGUCGUGACGAUGGUUUCUUGGGGUCAGCUCUAUGUCACUGUUUGCGUUCGUUAUCACCUCCUUUGAGGGCAAUGUUCUGGUUGGGACGAAACUACACCUUUAUCCAUACAUCUUUUGUCAUACUCAGAAGGGAGGUACAAAAGCAUAGUGAAACUAACUAGGCAAUUAAAGGAACAAACCAUUGAGAUAAAUGUUGGGAAAAUGACUAAGAAUGACUAGCAUAUAUGGCGGUAGGUUUAUAUUUGCUUUUAAAUGUACGUUGUAAGGCAUACUACACUUUUGGUAGACUGGGAGUGUCAUAUAACUAGUAUAGGGCUAUAAUGUUGGUGUCGCACUAUUGCUUAUCCGCAAGUCGAGAAGACAUGCAGACGGACGGACAAGUGCAGAGUAGAUGAGAUAGCUGAAUGGCGGUAUGGCGAUCUGAAAUCGUGCUUGAGAUGAGAUCGUGCUUCACACAGUGCGCAUGCUCAGGGGUCACAGAUAACGCAUGCGCGCGCGCGCACACACACACUGAAAGAAGAUAUGGGCAGUACCUUUCACGUUUAAGUAUGCAAAACUUGUCCAUUGUUUUUUUCUGGGAUGAGGGAUUGAAGGAAUAUUACUUUUAAUAUGCUUGUAGACUUAACAAAGAAAAUAGGAGUUGCAUUCCAUAGCUACAAAUACAAAUUAAAGCUUGUGCAGUGUAUGUUAACAUAAACUCGGAUUUUCAGACGUCAGAUGGCCCUCAAUUUUACAAGAGAUUUGUGUGAAGAGAUAAGUGGCGAGUGUGUGUUAGACAAGUAUAGUAUGCUUUUUGUAGUAGUUAAGGUAAUUAGUGGCUCACGAUAUCUAGACAAGGGAUAGAGACGUAAUGGGGCACCUAGAGAACGGCCAUAUUUGGAGAAGCAUAAUCUUGUAAGGUGAUUUGUAAAACUUUUGAUUAUUAAUAAUUUCUUCAUCAUACUAAGUUGCCUUGUGUUGGUUAUUGGGGAUGAGAGCUGUGGCUUAGAGUCAAGUAAAGUAUAAUUAGCAAUUUAGUGUAAGUGUGCGCGCACGGUAAAUGGCGGCGUGAAUUGGAAGAGGUGUCGAGAAUGUGAUUAGUCCGAGUCGCAACCUCUGACCAUUUUCGCGUUCUCAUUCCCCGGAGUUCACGACAUAAGUCGUCUAGUAGCUGUCGAAUUCUGUUAAGCAUGUUCUGGGAAUGUUGACAUAAGACACUUAGAUCUGAGAAAACCUGCCUACAUGGACAGCCUUUUCUCCCAAAGAUUUGUGUUGUAUUAGGGAAUAAACACAUUUCAUGAGAGAUAAAUAA